UUAACCUCCAAACGGAACUGAAACAUCCUGAUUUGUUAUCAUGUAAGUGACCGAGUAACUGUUUGUUAUUUUUAUUAUUAAUUACACUGAUUGCACCAUUACAAUUGGUGUAAUGGUGCGAUAUCUCAUUUCCCUCUCAUCUUCAAGCUUAUGAAUCGGGAGGACAUGGAUCUUAAAGAACAGCCACCAAGUCCUAGUGGGCGGAAGCAGAAUUUUUCCAGAUCAAGCAGUGCAGGAUCUCUUUAUAUGCAGCAAGCUGGCAACGCAAGUGGAAGCAGCAGUGGCCAUGAAGAUGAUGACAGUGAAGGAAAAGGUUCUCCAGUCAGCUACAAGGAAAGGCGACGAGAAGCACACACCCAAGCGGAGCAAAAACGCAGAGACGCCAUAAAAAAAGGUUACGAUUCUCUCCAAGAUCUUGUCCACACGUGUCAGCACACAGAUGCGUCAAGCUACAAAAUGAGUAAAGCUACAGUCCUUCAGAAGUCCAUUGACUAUAUUCAG